AUGAUUAAUGAAUACGUAUCACGUAAAGUCAGUUUAAAGGAUAUUAAUGGAUGUCUUAUAUGUCAAAAACCUACGACGACAGUAUUAUAUAACAAAUCUGGUCCAGAUUGGUUCUACACAUGUGAUAUCCACUUGCAAGAUAAUCCUGAAUUUGUUAAACCAAUAUAUGGGAAAGAUUACGAGACCAAGACCAAUCGUCUGAAAUCAGUUCAACAAGAAUUGCAUAGGAUUCAGAAAAAUAAUGAUCCAUCAUCAUGGGAUGGAUGGGUAGGUAAACUAUUCAUUAAGAAGAACAAAAACCAGAGUCCGGACAAGGACAAGGACAAGGACAAGGACGAGAAUAAGGAUGGUGAUAAUAAUAAUAAUAAGGUGGGAAAUGAAUCUACAGGGAAUAGAUCUGACAUGCUACAACGAGAAUACCAAACGUUACUAGAUGAAUUAACCCAUUUAAAACAGAACAACAGAAAGUAUCAAUUGGAUAAUUCACUUUAUGAGAAUCGAGUACAAAGAAGGAUUAGAACUCAAAGGAUAAAGGAAACUUAUACUGCCACAAAUCCCGAAGAGUUGGCACAACGACUGGCCACUUUCCCUAACGUUCCGACAGACAAACCCUAA